CUGAGCGAAGAAUCCACCCUCGGUUCGUCGACGGAAAUGGGUGUGGAAUAUGAAUAGUAAUUAUUAGUUUGAUUAAUUAAACUCAAAUGAAUUGACAACGCAGGGGAUAGUUGAAGUGUCCAGCAAGUGACCAGAAAGGACAACAAUACACAACGAGCCGCAGUGCUCCAGACUGAGUGGAGCCAACAACUUGUGAGACGUUCCAGAGCCGCGGCACGACCACCUCUACUUGUCUCCAGGAUCUGGAGGACAUGGCACGGGGAGACGGAGGGAAGAAGCGGUGGAAAACCAGAGAAAAUCUGUAAGAAAGUAGGAACAACAGCCUUAACGUUCACAAGAAAACACAUUACCAUGCGUUGCCUGCAUUGUUAAGAGGUGGCUGGUGGAGUAAAACUGUAUUGGUGCUGGGAGUUGUUGAUGAGAAGUGGUCAAUACCUUAUUUCUAAGCCUGUCAACUUGCACCAGUGAGACCUGCUGUAGUGUGUCACUUCGACAGAGGUCCUGAUCUCAGCUCCUGCAGCCUGCACCCCCUCCCACCAUCAGUGGUGGUGACCCAGCUCCGGACAGCUUGCUGUAGGGCCCUUCCUGAGCAGCAGCAGCUGCGUCCUGCUUGCUGACUCCCCUCCCUCCCCUGCUUCCUGUCCUUGGUCAGACAAGGCUAAAGCCUCCUCUCCCCUACCCCACCCCUCAUCUCUGUCAGCCUCUCAUACUCUCACACACGUACAUUCACACACUCAAGUGGUUUCAUUCGUUGACUACACACUCAGCCACCGGGUUAGGCUACUAACACCAUUUAGAGAUCAUCAGCAGGGGACUUGUAAACCCCCGGCCCCCUUGGAGUGACCAUCCACCACCAAGUUCCUGCCUGUUACCUUCACGACAGCCUCCAGGAUGACCUCCCUGUCCAGUCUCUUCUCCUUCACAGGCCCAGCAGUCAAAAGCCUGCUUGGGUGGAAGCAGGGAGACGAGGAGGAGAAAUGGGCAGAAAAGGCAGUGGAUGCGCUCGUGAAGAAGCUGAAGAAGAAGAAAGGUGCCAUGGAGGACCUGGAGAAAGCUCUGAGCUGCCCGGGACAGCCCAGCAAGUGUGUUACCAUUCCAAGAUCACUGGACGGCCGGCUACAGGUUUCCCACAGGAAAGGUCUGCCUCAUGUCAUCUACUGCAGAGUGUGGCGCUGGCCUGACCUCCAGUCUCAUCAUGAGCUCAAACCCCUGGAGGUGUGCGAGUACCCGUUUGGCUCCAAACAGAAGGAGGUCUGCAUCAACCCAUAUCACUACAAGCGAGUGGAGAGUCCUGUGCUCCCUCCUGUCCUGGUACCGCGGCACAGUGAGUUCAACCCACAGCACAGCUUGCUGGUACAGUUCCGCAACCUCACCCACAAUGAGCCACAUAUGCCCCUGAACGCCACCUUUCCAGAGUCCUUCCAGCAGCCACACAGCGGGGGCGGCAGCAGCAGUGGUGGAGGCGGCUCUUUUUCCAUCUCUCCCAACUCUCCGUAUCCUCCUUCUCCAGCCAGCAGUGGUACUUAUCCAAACUCUCCUGCCAGCUCGGGGCCUUCCAGUCCAUUCCAGCUCCCAGCUGACACCCCACCCCCAGCCUACAUGCCCCCUGAUGAGCAGCUGGGCCAGGAGAGCCAGUCCAUGGAAACAAGCAGCAGCCUGGUGCAGCAGAACAUGGCCAGAGGAGAUGUGCAACCAGUGGAAUAUGAGGAGCCGAGCCACUGGUGCUCUAUUGUCUACUAUGAACUCAACAAUCGUGUAGGUGAGGCUUACCAUGCCUCUUCAACCAGUGUGCUUGUGGAUGGUUUCACUGACCCUUCAAACAACAAGAACCGCUUCUGCCUCGGACUGCUGUCCAACGUCAACCGCAACUCCACAAUUGAAAAUACCCGUCGACACAUUGGCAAAGGAGUGCACCUGUACUAUGUGGGAGGGGAGGUGUACGCAGAGUGCCUCAGUGACACCAGCAUUUUUGUCCAGAGCCGUAACUGUAAUUACCACCACGGCUUCCACCCCACCACUGUCUGCAAGAUCCCCAGUGGAUGUAGCCUCAAGAUUUUCAACAACCAGGAGUUUGCUCAGCUUCUGGCUCAGUCAGUCAACCAUGGCUUUGAGGCUGUGUAUGAGCUUACCAAGAUGUGUACUAUUAGGAUGAGCUUUGUCAAAGGUUGGGGAGCUGAGUACCACCGACAGGACGUCACCAGCACCCCCUGCUGGAUUGAGGUGCACCUGCACGGGCCCCUCCAGUGGCUGGACAAGGUGCUAACACAAAUGGGUUCGCCUCUCAACCCAAUCUCCUCUGUGUCCUAAUGAUGGACUUGUGGAGCUUGGGAGACCCUUUUUACUUUUUUUUUUUUUUUUUUUUUUUUUUCCCCCCUCAGUGAUUUUAUAAUUUAAGGUGGUCUUAAUGGCUGAACUGUUUACACUUACUUUGGGAAGGGAUAUUGACUCUGGCUGAAAAUUCAACAUCAGCAGCCAGAAUCCAGUUGUUGAAACUGAGUAACAUUAUGAGCAAAUACCUGGAGAAAGAGAGGAAUAAGGAAUACCCAAGUAGCAGUAACGACAUGGACAUACUACUGCUUGACAAUGACACAACACCUGCAAGAAUUGAGGGCUCCAUUGUCAAGCUUGAAUCUGUCAAAUGUUAAUUUUUCAUCAAGUUUUUUUGUUUUUCUCAAAUGAUUUUAUUUCUCUGUAUGUGUAGUUUUUAAUGAAGCAGGACUGUUUCACUACUCUGCCUUAUGUCGGACAGACAAAUUUGGAAUUUUACUGAACACCUUUCUUACAUUGUUGUCUCAGUGUCAGAUAUUUACAAUUAAGAUGUAGACACGAUUAUGUUUACCAUUAGGCUCAGAUAUAACAAAUGCUUUCUUUUUAUAGUCUCUACUGCUAGAAAUGAACACUGAGCUACUGCUUUUUAAGAAAGUUAUGUAUGCCAACCUGAUAGUUUUUGAUAUUGGGAGAUCAAUCACUGAACAAGUUUAACACGCCAUAAGCUAACAACAGUGUGAAUGUUACAUCUAUUGCAAUAGAAGUAGUCAUUUAUGAUAUAAUCAGACAAUGGACAUCAUCAUUAUUACUGAUUCUUGUUUGUACUCUCAAGCUCAAGUAAGAGUGACUGUAUUUUCCAUACUCACUGUAUUAACAAUAUUGUGCACUCAUGGAUUUUGUGGAGGCAUAUUAAAGUUUGGCGUGGGUACCAAGGCAUUAUGUUGAUAGAUAAUUGACUUCAUUAGCUCAAUGAAAUAAACAGGUCAUUUGUUAACAA